UGAUGUAAGAAAUUUCUAAGGGGAAAGCCUUUCCUGAGUUCAAUGAGAAGCAGACAUCCCAGAGGACAGGAGGCCAAACAGCAGAGAUAAAUGGCUCAUUUAAAUUGGGAGCUGCUACUAAACUAUUUUCUGGCUGGCAGAUGCAGUGCCUAGCACCUGCUAUCAAAGACGAACCAAACAUGAGUGGAGGAGGGGAACAGGUUGACAUUUUGCCGGCUAACUAUGUGGUAAAGGACCGUUGGAAAGUGUUGAAGAAGAUUGGUGGUGGUGGCUUUGGUGAGAUUUAUGAAGCAAUGGAUCUUUUAACUCGGGAGAAUGUAGCUCUGAAGGUUGAGUCAGCUCUGCAACCAAAGCAAGUCCUCAAGAUGGAGGUGGCUGUUCUAAAAAAACUACAAGGGAAAGAUCAUGUUUGCAGAUUUAUUGGCUGUGGGAGGAAUGAGAAGUUUAACUAUGUUGUUAUGCAACUACAGGGCCGGAAUCUUGCAGACCUCAGAAGAAGCCAGCCUCGAGGAACUUUUACACUGAGCACAACUCUUCGAUUAGGCAAGCAGAUCUUAGAAUCCAUAGAAGCCAUUCACUCAGUGGGAUUCUUGCAUCGAGAUAUCAAGCCCUCUAAUUUUGCCAUGGGACGCCUGCCUUCAACCUACAGGAAAUGUUAUAUGUUAGACUUUGGUCUGGCCCGGCAGUAUACCAAUACUAAUGGUGAAGUCCGACCUCCUCGUAAUGUUGCUGGAUUCCGGGGAACAGUCCGGUAUGCGUCAGUGAAUGCACAUAAAAAUAGAGAAAUGGGCCGACAUGAUGAUCUGUGGUCCCUUUUUUAUAUGCUGGUAGAAUUUGCAGUUGGUCAACUUCCAUGGCGCAAGAUUAAAGAUAAGGAACAAGUUGGUAUGAUUAAGGAGAAAUAUGAACAUCGAAUGCUGCUAAAACAUAUGCCUUCUGAGUUCCAUCUUUUUCUGGAUCACAUUGCAAAUCUGGAUUAUUUCACCAAACCAGAUUAUCAGCUGAUCAUGACUGUGUUUGAAAAUAGCAUGAAGGAAAGGGGGAUUACUGAGAAUGAGGCCUUUGACUGGGAGAAAGCUGGUACAGAUAUUUUAUUAUCUACAAGUACAUCCACCCCACCUCAGCAGAACACAAGGCAAACUGCAGCCAUGUUUGGUGUGGUUAAUAUCACUCCAAUACCUGGAGAUUUACUUCGCGAGAACACAGAGGAUGUUUUGCAAGGAGAACACCUGAGUGACCAAGAGAAUGCACCCCCAAUUUUAUCUGUCCGGCCAACAGAAAACAACUUAGGGCAGGCUCCAAAUGUUCCCUUCAAUGAAGGAGAAGUUUGGGAAGAGACUGAUGUAAAUCGCAACAAACUCAGGAUCAGCAUCAGCAAAACGCAGUGUUUAGCUGAAGAAGAUCAGAAAAGUGGUGUGUGCCCCAUCUCCCCAGUGCGAGCAGUGCCGGACUCCCCUACAACCCAAGCACGUUCUCUGAGAUACCGCCGUGUGAAUAGUCCUGAGUCGGAACGCCUCUCCACUGCUGAUGGAAAAAUUGAUCAGCAUGAACGAAGGUAUUCCCACUGAAACCUUUUGAAAUGAAUGGUCUCCCCAGGGUGGUGCCUUUAAAUUUGCCUUACCAAGAUUUCAAAAGGGAUGUAUCAGAAAAUAGGGAAAGAUCCAAAAUUCUCCAGCGAAUAAAAAAAGUGGAUUUCUCAAAUGUUGUCUUAACUGCCCCUUGUAAACCACCUAAUGCUCAUCUUCAACUGGCAAAUGGCAGAUAUAAAGAAAAAAAGGAGGAGGAGGAAGAGGAGGAAGAGGAAGAAGAGGAGGAUGAAGAACUUGGUAAUUUAGGAGAAGAAUUUGAUAUGCAGAGUGAUUCGAGCAGUGAAGUGAGUCAAAAAAGUACUGAGCGUAGUCAGGAAGGUGCUCCAUCCACUCUUUUAGCAGAUGACCAGAAGGAAUCCAAGGGUCGAGCAUCAGCUGCAGAAGGAGACUUGGAGCUUGAGGAAGGCUCAAAAACAUUAGUUCUCUUUUCACCAGGUGACCUGAAAAAGUCUCCUGUGAAUACAGAUUUGGCUCCUGAUGCUGAUCUUGGAACUCUUGCUGCACUGACUCCUCAAAGUGAGAAACCUCAGCCUAUGGGAAGCCAGCUUGAUGUAUCUGAGCCAGGAACGUUGUCUUCCAUCCUCAAGUCUGAACCAAAGCCUCCUAUGUCUGUGGCCACAACCUCCUCCCCUUUUACUAAAGUUGAACGCACAUUUGUCCAUAUUGCCGAAAAGACACAUCUAAACAUCAUGUCUUCCAGUGGCCAGCUUAUGAGGCACGAGGAAUACUCUAAUACAGGGCAGUUUGAAGAGAUAAUCGUUGAGGAAGAAUUAGAGGAAAAUCAGGUACUGAUAGAAAAUGGGAGUGUGAAUUCAGCCUUGGAAGGGGGAGAAAUGGAAAGUUGUGCUUUCUCAGUGAAUCAUAUUGAAACCACCUCUGAAGCCGCAGGGGAACUGGUAUUCCUGAAUGGUGUUAAAAUGGAAGAAGAAGAGGAGCUAGAACUUAAGGGCAAACUUAUUCCCGAGUCAGAUGUGGAAGAAGAUAGUAAGUUGAUUUCAGAAGAACCUGGCCUUGAUAAUAAAACCCUUGAAAAUGAAUCCCUUAGACAGGCAGAGUUGCUUCCACAUAUUCUAGCAGAAACUUCCAAAAAGCCAUUGAAUGUAAGGUAUAGAAGCCGGAUUCCUGUCUUGCUGUCUGAAGAAGACACUGGAUCAGAUGUUUCAGCUUCACACUCUGGCAAAGAAAGGCUAUACAAGAGACUGAAACAACAGGAUUUGGCCCGCCUGGUGAUGGAGAAAAGGCAAAGCUAUCUGUUCAGGUUAGCUUCUGGAGCUUCAUCUUCUGCUUCCUCUAGUGAUGAGAGGCAGCGGGCUUCAGAAACCUUGUCGGCCACUGGUUCUGAGGAAGAUACUCAUGAUUCAGAUGAUUUCACCCCAAGGAAGAUUGGAAAUCAGGAGAGAAUUUCCCUGGUAAAGAUGGAGGAGAGAAGUUUAAAUAUAAGGAGCAGAAUCCCUCGCCCCAUUGUACCUGUAAAGCCACCUGUGAUAGAACUAAAAUAUGGGAGCCCUUCAGCCCUUCCGCCAGCAGCGCCAAGUAGAAGUACCGGUGAUGCAGCUGGGCCCAUAAGGAUUCAGGGGCAAAGGCCAUUUGGGAAUAUAUCUGGUGACCCCCGGAUGAAAGCUACCCCAACUCCUGCUACCCCUUCCUUGAAGAGCAGCCCAAGGAAAGCCCCCCAUCUGCCAGCUAGAAGCCCUGUUCUCCCUCCACGAAACCUCAGUGCUUCCCCCAAAAGCCAAUCCCUAUCCAGAAAGGAAAGCCCAUCACCAUCUCGACCGCAUAGGCCUGGGACUACAUUUCCUCCCAAAGCUCCCUCCAGGGCUCAGGCUCUAGGCCUACCGGGAGAGAUCCCUGUGUCACCAGGUAUGCUCAGAAAAGGACCAAAAGGGAAAACCCAUCCUCCAGGAACCAAAGGAAAACAGGUAUUCCAAGAAGGCAAGUCUCCUGCUAGAUAAUGAUCUGCUGCUGCCAGUCCAUUAGACCUACCGACCUACCAUCUUGCCAGGCUGGAAAAACCUCUGCGUAUAAUAUACACGAGAUGCCGCAGCGCAGCCUUAUGUGUCGGAAAUAUAUGCCUAUAGCAGCUAGUUGUACUUCAGUGCUUCACUUGCCCACACAUGCCCAUGCUGUCUCAAUCCCAGCUCUCUAUCUGGCUGAGAGCCUCCUGGCCACUCAUGCUUGCUAUGGCCGGUCACCAAGCAACAACUCAGGCAGCCUGCCUAGUGCCUGACAUUCUUUCCUUCAUCCUCAUUUCUUCAGUUUCUCGGUUAGCAAUACCAUAGAAUCAUGAGAGAUCGCUAGGAGGGAUGGCUUUUUAUAGCAUACAUCAGCCUCAGUCAGUGGAGGAAUGAAAGGGCUGCGCAGAAUCUGAAAGAGAAAUCUCGGUGUGAGCUUCUCGGUGGUCUAGAUGUAUUGAUCUCCCCGUUUGGCACCCAUUCACUCUCUCUCUAUCUAUCUCUAUCUCUCUCUGAGCCUACUUUUAUGUAGCUACAGUGAUGCUGGUGUAUUGAUAGAAAGAAAGUCACAAUCAGUCCCCUCAAUUGCUAUCCUGCCUAUAGUUCUAUGAAGGGUCAAUGACAGCCCAGAAGAGAAGGGCUGCAUCUUUUGCAGCUUCUUUUGGAUGCAUAGCAUCCCUUAGCAGCAGUGCCGAGAAGGCUGCUAAAGAGAAGUGCUACAUUUAUGGAGAGAACCUGUUCCAAGGGUGCUUUGAAGUAGAGAGGCACCAGUUUCCCCCCUCCCCCCUCGGCAUUAUGCCAUAAGCUAAUAUCCAUCAGAAGUAGUGUUUUGUGUAAAGGCAGCAGUAAAAGCUUCUCAGGGAGCUCCACAUGAUCUCUUUAUUGGUAAAAAACAGUGCAAAAGUGCAAAGAAAAGAGCUAAAGCCUAAAUAAUGCCCAGGGAACCAAUAGGGCUCCACUGUAUGGUGGUUGUUUUUUCCAAAAUCCAAAUAUAAGGCAUUUUAAAACAUGGACUGCCUCUCCUUCUGGGAUAUGUUGGACAUGCAGUUUUUAAUUUGUAUGGUUUUUUUAAAAAAAACAGGCUUUUCAUUUCUAAACGCCUUGCAAUGAUAGUACCUGCUUAUUUUAGAAAUCCAGCUGCCAGACGAUCAUUGAUGUUUGGCACCUCUCCAAUUAUUGCUUGAUAAAUCUCAAAGCUUUUGAAGCUGGCUAAUUUUGGGGGGGGGAGUUUCAUGGUACCCCCUCCCUUCUCGGCUCUGGCCUGAAAAGUUAUAUGAACUUGCCAUUAUGAUCAGAAAAUACAUUAUAACUAAGUACUUAUAUCUAAGAAUCUAGCUUUAGAUAUGGAGACUUGCAAAAAAAAAGGAAAUGUAUGAAUGCUUGCCUCUUGUAAUUGUACUGAAUAAUAUUCUCCCCACCAUCUAUGUGAAUCUAUAAAUUGCAAUGAUAGAAUGUAAGAAAUGGAUUUGAGCAGAUCAGGCUAAUGUAUUGAUAGUUCUAGAUAUCUUUUUCUUGUUUUCUUUUCACCCCACAACUGUCAAGCAGUUAUAUGAAAUAUGAAUGGAGCUUGUUUCCUUCAUUCACCUCUUUAGACUAAUUUUGGUUGCUGUUUAAACUUAAUAAAAUGACACAUGCAGCUUCUUAGUAAGGGAUAAAUAGAUUCUGGCUAUUCAAUAUUACUACUUUUCCUGGUGAGAAUUCAGGACUCAGGUUAAUUAUUAAAGGAAAAUAUCUGUGAUAACUAUUUUUAUCAAUAGAUAUUCAAGGCCCAAGAUUACUCGUGAAUGUUCUUGCAUCAAAGAGAUGUUGCCUAUUUUUAAUAUUGUAUUAGAAGAUGACCUUAAAAAAAGAUAAUAUACUGUUAAUCUCAUGGCCAUCUUUCCAACAGAGGAUAAUUAUGAGAAUGCCCUAUAUAAUCAAUAGAAUGAUUGUUGUGACAUAUACCUGAGAAAACAUGGGCCUUGUGGUUCUAUGAGAGGAUUAUUAUUAUUAAUUCCAGGACAGGACUAAGAACAAUAUAAGCCACAAAUCUUUGUUUUGGUAAAAUCGUGUUGAUGAAACAAUGAAGAAACAACAAUAGAAGCAACCCAGAUUAUUUUUUUUGGUACAUUAGCUGGAGCUAUAGUGUGAUUUUAGUUGAGACACAAUUGCAAUGAGGUUUUGAUAAGAAACACUCUGAUUUUACAAUAUUUCUUUUUAAUAUGUAUCUAUGUUUUUCCUUUUUCGUCAUAAUCUCCAGACUUUUCUGUUCUGCAACUCUAGGAACUCAUAAUACGCAAGAGCCUCCCAGUCAUCCUUCAGGCUUCCAAAGCCACAAGGGUGAUAGAGUUUGUCAUGCCUCUUUGAACAAUUUCGGCUUUUUAUUUCUUUGUUUGUUUAAAUGUUUACACAAAUAAUUUUAUCCUUCUCAUUCCCUUCAUUAACUUUCCCACCUGCCCUCAUUAUAAACCUCUUUUCUCAGUCCUCCACUAGAUAUUCUCCACAUCCUAGUGGAAAGGGACUGGGUUUUGUGGCAGAGUACAUGUCUUGUAUAAAGAUAGGCCCAACCUACUUGAAUGAAGUUUUUUUUAAUUGAAUGUAUUCGAGAGAUAAAAAAAAGAGUACGAUCCCUGAGUGGGACCCUGCACGGCCCCUGUGAAUCUGCAUAAGUAAUCAUGGUAGAUGGACAAAUGAUCUUAUUUGCAGGGUGCCUAGAUAUAUCUGAAAAAAACAGGUAGAGAGCAUCUAGUGAGCCAUAAAAACAUCUAAUCCAAUGAUGGUGAACCUUUUCAGUAUCGAGUGCCCAAAGCGGAAUGUGCACCUGUGCAUGCGCUUGCACACAUGCCAGUACAUUGGAAACUCAAAGUACCAUGCCUGUGUGCAUGUGUGUGCUGGCCAGCUGGUCUUGGAGUUUCUAGUGCAUGCAUGCGCAGCGGCCCACUGGCCUUUGUGCACUGGAAUUCUUGGCAUGCGCACAAGCAUGCACUGGUGCACAUUCUGGUGUUUGGAUUUCUGGUGCUCCGGUGCACAUGAAUACCAGCUGGCUGGUGCACAUGUGUGUGCCGGAAACCAGAAGAGCAGCUGGCGAUGGCGUGCGUGCCCACAGAGAG